AUGACUAUUGUUGAUGCCAUUGGCAAUCUUUCACAUGCUAUUUCUGGUAAUAAUACCAUUAAUGAUAUAGCACUUUGCGAAGUAUGUGGUGAUUAUUCUGAUGGUUAUCAUUAUAAGAUUCAGGCAUGUCGAUCAUGUACAGCAUUUAUUAGAAGAUGUGUUACUUUUAAUAAAACAUAUAGAUGUAGAUUUUCAAAUAAUUGUCAAAUUGAUUUUCGGAAUCGGAAUACAUGUAAAGGCUGUAGAUAUAAUAAAUGUCUCAUGAAAGGUAUGGAUACAUCAUUAGUUCAACCAAAAAGAGAACCAACUGGUGCUCAACCAUAUCGACGGAAAAGAGAAUUGAAGGUAUCUCAAAAAGAUUCAAAUAAAAACCAAAAUAUUCCUUCAAAUAAAACAAAUAAUUCAUUGUUUUCUUUGAAUUUACCUUUUACAAACCGGUUAGGCGUUUCAGAAGAUAAACCUUCAACGUCAAAAGAUUAUACAUUACAAAAUUCUACUAUAUUAUCAAACAUUUCAAAUAUUUCUACAUUAAGUUCUCAUAACAUUUCAGAAACGGCAUUACCAACACCCAGUGAAAUAUUUUUAUCAUCAAUGCCAUCAAAAUUUUGUCAAAAUUAUAUGGCUCCUUUCUAUAAAUGUGUUAAGAAAUAUUGUGAUUUACAACUUUUUAAUUCUCAUUUAUCGGUUCCAUUUCCACAUUUUUUGAUAGAUAAUAUGGAAACCUCACCACCAUUAAGAAUUUUUAAUCCUAGUGAUACAGAGUUACUUUGUCGUAUGCAGAUAUCAAAUUUAUUUUCAUGGUUGUCAUCAAUGCAUUUUAUUGAUGAAUUGUCAAAUGAUGAAAAAAUUAAUCUUACUAAAAGAUUUGCUUUAAAAAAAAUUAGUUUAGAUACAAUGAUUAUGACAUCAAAAUAUCCUGAACAAAUUGAUUUUAAGUCUAUUGUUUUAGAAAAUUAUACAUUAAUUCCAUCUGAUAUGACAGGAUAUGAGAAAGAUAAUGAUACAGAAUCAGUACGAUUAGCUCGUCUUGCAAUCUUUCGUGAAUCUAUAAAUGAUAUCUUUGAAACAAUUAUUAAAUCAAUAAGUGAAUUAAAGUUAACAGAAUAUGAAAUUGUAACACUUUAUUUUCUUUUAUUUUGGAGUAAAAGUAAUGAAAAAUUUGUUAGUCAAAAUAAAGUUAAACUUUUUGAAGGACAAAGAAAUUGGGUUAUAAAAUGUUUAUAUACUCAUUAUUGUAAAUAUUCUAUUAAUAAUUGUGAGGUUCGUUUAGGAGAAAUUAUGCUUUUAUUAAAUGAAUUGGAAUGGAAUUAUAUAACUAAUUGUAAAGAUUACCUAAUAAGUCAACUUUUUAAUGUUGGAAUUUUAAAAACACAUUGGUUUGACAAAUUUUGUUAUUCUGAUACCAAUUUUCAACUAUAA